AAACAAAAUAAAAAAUUAGGUCAUCACUGUCCACUUUUCAGCAAUCAGCAGUGCACCGUCGCACUUCCCUUCCCGCCGACUGCCGCGACCAGCAGCAGCGACCGCCUCGACCAGCAGCAGCGACCAGUCCAGGUCAUUGGGAGAUUUUAAAGUUAUAUUUAUCUCCAUUUUUCUAUUAUAAUCAGAGACUGUAAGUUGUACACUUGAUCAACCCCUUAUACUAUUAUAUUUUAUUUUUGGACCAGAAGUUGGGAUAUUGCAUCAGUAUUUCUUUUAAAACCAUGAGAGAUCAAAUGGACGACUCGAUGAAGCAAUUACAAGAAAAGCUUAUUGAGGUUGAAAUCGAAGGUGAAAGUCUUCUAUUAGCUCGGCAACAGUUAGUUGAAAAUGAUAGAGUGAGGAAUGGGAACAGGGAAGCAUUAACUGCACUAAGGAGGAGGGCUAAGACGACAAAAAGUAGCAUUCCUACUCCUUUUGAGUCAAUAAUGAGGAAUGUUGAAUCAAGACCGUUGAUGAAGGAGAUUUGUCCAACGUGUGGUAAUCAUGAUUCAAAGGAGAAGACUUGGGUCAUGUUCCCAGGAACUGAUGUAUUUGCCAAUAUUCCUUUCCAUGCUGCUCAUACCAUUCUGGAGAAAGAUCAAACUCUACUCGAUUACGAAGCUAAUAAACUUCAGAGCAUUGUAAAGGAGAAGUCUUUAUGGAUAUCAGAUAAAGGAGUUCUUGCUGAUACGAUUAGUCCAGGUGUCCUCAGAUCUAUGGUGACCUUAAGUGACAAACCAAAGACUGCACGGAAUGAAUGAUCAACUUCAGUAAUAAUUGCAUAUGCCUGUGCUAACAGGAACGUAACUGCUGGAUUGUUUCUUCAUUUCGCCAGAUUCCUUUUCGAAAAAGCUGAAGUUAUUGCAGAUUUGGGUGAAGAUAUCAAUGUCAAUGUGGUGUUCAUAGUUGACAAGAUUAUUUGGUGAUUCAUGAUCAAAUUACCAGAAAAGAUAUAAAUUAUAUUCUCUUAGUUCUGUUAAUAACAUUUGAAUCAAUCUUCACAGUAACUUAAAUGUGUUUGCCACAGUUGAUAGUAAAAAUGGACCAGUGUGUACUGACUGAUAUUUGAAGGGACCUCCAAUAUUACAUGCGUGGGGAAAAAAAUACGAAUUUCUGAA